CCGCCUUACCUGACCUUCCCUCUCUGCAAACAGUCAGCCUGUGCUAGUCACGUGAUGUUGUGACGUCAGCAGGUCCUUUCUGACUAUAGCAGCCGUUACCCUGGUGUUUGUGCUGAGGCCGAAAUUGCAGCGCACGUGGGGAAGAAGAUGGAGCUGCUGGCGGCGGAGCUUCACCGGGUGCAGGCGCUGAAGUUCGGCAGCUUUACCCUGAAGAGUGGGGUCCUGUCCCCCGUCUACUUCGACCUGAGGGUGAUCGUGUCCUACCCGGCGCUGCUCAACCAGGUCGCGGAUCGCCUCUAUCAGACGGCUCAGGAUGCGGGGGUGCAGUAUCACACGGUCUGCGGCGUUCCGUACACCGCCCUCCCCCUCGCCACCAUCAUUUGCGUGAAUCACCAGUUACCGAUGCUGAUCCGCAGGAAAGAGGCCAAAGGCUACGGAACAAAGCGUCUGGUGGAGGGCACCAUAACCCCUGGGGACACCUGCCUGAUCAUUGAGGACGUUGUGACGAGUGGCUCCAGCGUCCUGGAGACAGCGGAGGUGCUCCGACGGGAGGGGCUGCAGGUGACGGACGCCAUUGUGCUGGUGGACAGAGAACAGGGCGGCCGGGAGAAGCUGGCGGAGAGCGGCAUCACGCUGCACGCCAUCUGCACCCUCAGCCAGCUCAUGGACGUCCUGCAGCAGCUAGGGAAGGUGGACGCAGAGACGGUGGAAAACGUCCGGAGGUUUAUAACAGGGAGUAAGGUGAGCGCACCAGUCAAGGCCCCCUGCAGCGCCCUCAGCUACUCCACCCGCGCCGCUCUCCCCGGCACUCACCCUAUGGCACAGCGGCUGCUCCGCCUGAUGGAGAAGAAGCAGAGUAACCUGUGCGUGUCAGCCGACCUCACGGACUGUGCGGAGCUGCUCCAGUUGGCUGAGGAGCUGGGACCCUCCAUCUGUAUGCUGAAGACCCACGUGGACAUCCUGAGUGACUUCACUCCCGACGUCUCCUCCCGGCUCCGGGCGCUCGCUGAUCAGCACGACUUCCUCAUCUUCGAAGAUCGCAAGUUUGCAGACAUUGGGAACACGGUGAAGCACCAGUAUGAGGGUGGCGUUUUCAGAAUCUCAUCUUGGGCUGAUGUGGUAAACGUCCAUGCUGUGCCAGGCCCCGGGGUGGUACAAGGUCUACAGGAGGUGGGGGAGGAGCUGGGCAGGGGCUGCCUCGUGAUCGCCGAGAUGAGCUCCAAGGGGUCACUGGCUACUGGAGAGUACACCAAGGCGGCUGUGCGUCUGGCGGAGGAGUACCCCACUUUUGUGUUCGGCUUUAUCUCUGGAGGUAAAGUGAGUGAGCGGCCGCAGUUUCUGCACCUGACGCCAGGGGUCCAGAUGCAGCCGGGAGGAGAUUCUCUGGGGCAGCAGUACCAGACGCCACAUGAGGUCAUGAACAAGGGCUGUGACGUCAUAAUCGUGGGCCGCGGUAUCCUUUCAUCUAACAAGCGGCUGGUGGCGGCGGAAAUGUACCGGCGGGCUGGCUGGGAGGCUUAUGUGGCCAGGACUGGCGGGGGACCAUGAGUCCCUGCCGAUGGUCGCUAUUACGGAUGAGCGAAAGUCUAUUCGCGUAAAAUUUAGUUCUAAUACUGUAUGGCGCUCCCGCUCCGUACAGUAUUAGAAUGUAUUGGCUCCGAUGAGCCGAAAUUAUUGCUUCACUUCAUGCAAUGACUUCAUAAAUUAAUUUGUAUUGUAAAAAAAAACAUUUCCCAAACUGUGGUUCGGUUCUAAGGUAGCACUUGGAACCAAACCUGAGUUCGGUAAUUAUUUUUGUAUUUUUUUUUUUUUUUAAUGAAGUUCUAUAGUAUUCAAUUCAUGGCCGGCUCUGUCCAAUAUACACUGGCGAUCAAAAUUGGAGAACAAUUUAUGAACACUUGAUAUAUAGGGAGCGCACAUGUUGCUGCGAGGGCCGUAAGUGUAAACGGACCCAACUAUCAAAGGGAACGAAGGGCUUGUUGGCAGGAGCACAGGGAAACCAAUAAGCAAGAUAAUGGUUGGAGGACGUCUAUUAUAGAACAAGGAGGGGAAGGAGUGGGGCUCAGAGGAGGCAUGAAAGGGAAGGCCGUAGACUCAACACGGAAUCAAUAGGAAACAGUUUGAUAAAUAGACAAUGGGUUUAUAGAAAAUAUAUUUUUUUUAUUUUUUUUAUAUAUAUAUUUUAAUAGUUUGGACUUUUCAGACGUGGCGAUAUGUGAUGUUUAUUUAUAUAUUUUAUAUGUUA